ACAUGGUGUAGUGGCAGAUAGGAAUGGUUGGACUCGGUGAUCCAAGAGGUCUUUUCCAGCCUGGUGAUUGUGUGAUUCGAUGCUGCUAUGGUUUUGGUGCUGGCGGAGCCUCCCCGCCGCUGCCGCCCCGCUGUGGGCGUGCUGUGAGCCUCCUCUCGGGUCCCCGCAGCGCUUUUUCCCGUCCCCCGCGCUGGGCUCGGGGCCGCCCCGCGCCGCACUCGCCGCGAUGGGGCCGCGAUGGGCGCUGCUCUGGGCGCUGCUGCUGCCCGCGACCGGCGGGGAAUAUUCACUGCCGUAUACUCCACAGUUUGCACAAUGCAAAGAUCCCAGCACUGAAUUCUAUGAAGAAAGCCUUAAUAAAUGUUGCAGCCAGUGCCCUCCAGGUCAAUAUAAGACAGAGAGCUGCAGUCACACCGUGGACACAAAGUGCAGUCCCUGUAGUCCUAACACGUAUACAGCAAUCUGGAAUCGGUCUCCUCAGUGCUUUGCCUGCUCACCACCCUGCAGAAAAGGAUUAGUGCAGAAUCAAACAUGCACUAAUUCACAGGACAGAAUCUGCAGCUGCCCACCCAAUAUGUACUGUGUUUCGAAAUUAUAUGAGGACUGCAAAAUAUGUGAAGUACACAAAAAAUGUGGAAAAGGUUACCGAGUUUCCAGAAGAGGGACAGAUAGCACAAACACUGAAUGUAAACCUUGUCCUCCUGGCACGUUUUCACGUGAGGAAUCUUAUGAUACCAGCUGUACACCACACACCGUCUGUAAAUUAGUGGCUGUUCCUGGAGACAGAGUGAGUGACACUGUAUGUGAUGACUCGGGAACAGCAGUUGGCACAGUUCUACCUCACACUAUGUUGAACCUCCUCCUGACCCAAAGCUCGCCUUCCAACAAACCUGCAAUAAUAACUCGAUCUGUCGUUUUAAACUCCGCAUCUGACAUGUCUCAUAUCAUCGGAUCAGUAGCAGGACCAUUGUUAUUGGUCCUGAUAAUCACUAUUUUGGGAUACUGUUUAUUCUCAAAAAAAAAAGCCCUUGCAUAUUCUCCACCAACUACAGAAACGGAUGCGCCUUUUUUACCUGCAGAAAAGCAGUGUGACAAAAAAGUGAGUAAUACAGGAUCACAAAACUCCAGCAGUUCUGAACAGGAGGAAAAGCAUCUCUUGGAAACUUCUGGAUCCAGCAAUAGCUCCCUGAAUAAUCCAGUUGGGCCUCCAAGAGUCAGUGUAGCCAGUAAUAAGAACAAUGAAAAGAAAGAAACGGAAGGAUUUCAGCAGCAACAUUCAGCUGCAGAAGGUUGUAAACUUCACAGUGGGGACAGACACAACUCUGCGAGUUCGGAACAUUCUGGUAACGGAGGAACGCAGGUGAAUGUGACUUGCAUUGUUAAAGUAUGUAGCCCAGACUGCAGUUCCCAGUUCCCAGAACAGACCAGUUCAACUAGCAUGGAUUAUGGAAAUGCUCCCUAUUAUUCCCCAACAGGGGAAGAAAUUCCCCUUUCAAAAGAAGAAAACCCCUUGAAGAAAGAACUUGAAAUUCAGAUCUUUGUGGAAAAUGAGGACAAUUUACUUCAAGAUUUCCUUCCAGAAGGAAAGAAGUUUCCUCUGAGUAUUCAAGAUAUGGGGAUGAAAACCACCUAAAGGAAAUUACAUUGAUUGACUGGUUAGAAUUAACCAAGCAACCCCUUAUCUUCUAAAAGAAACCUUAUGUUAAGUGUAGCAUUCCUACAGAGACUUGACAUUUCCAAUGAAGAUAGACACUGAUACUUUGGAGGGUUUGAAUCUCUUUUGUGAGCCUUGAGGGUCAAAGGAUGAACUUUGCAUUUUAAAAAUCUUGAAUGCUUUUUCUUCUAAAAAGAAUGGCCGCCUCCUCCCUUUCUUCUGGGACACCUCAGAGACACCUUUACCAGAUUUGAAAAUGAAUAUUUUUCUAACUAAACCAUUGAUUUUACUGCUGAGACUUCUUGUGAUGAGAAUUUGGGUUCAGGUGUAUUGCCUGUCAAGAACAUGGCUGUGACUGGCGCUUCUGGAGUUAAACUAGCAUUCAUUCAAUGCUAAUGAAUUAUCCAUUUGAUUUUAAUGUUAAAGCUAUUACAUUCAAUUUUCCAUCCCACUUUCCUUCAUCCUCCUGGAUAUUUCUUUUAUUAUUACAGUUUGCUUUCACUCAUUAUUAGACCACACUUCUUAAAUCAGCUUUAAGUAUAACAAGAAGUGAAAUCUUUUACAGGUGCUUUUUUUUUUACUAAAUUACAACUGCAAUUUCUAAGAAAUAGUAUUUCAUUAGCUGUAUAUAGUUAAUUUUAUUUUAGAAAAGAAAAUCUAGAUGAAAUAGUUGUUAUCUCAGAGCAGGAAGUAAGUUCCUUUUAUUGACAGCUCUGAAGUUUGUUAUCUGUAUGUCCUGGGUGAUUUUUUUAUAAUAUGGUUCCCUGAUUGAUUCUGACCUCAUUUUUGAGGUUAACCAUGAACCCAAAAUAUUUUUCCCUGCGUUCCAGUGACUAUUACAGCAAAAACGUAAGUGUGCCAGAUCGCUCACGCCCUCUGACAUCAGAAAAAGGCGUAAACUGGAACAAGUGGACUUGACUCAGACCUCAGAAGCAGAAAAUCCUGUUCUCCUUCCCUUCUUGCUUGAUGCUGAAGAUCAAACCACCUCUUAUAGAAAAUUAGUAGAGGUUCUCCUUGAACCAUGUGGGAGUCUUCAUUUCGCAAGUUGAUUUUUAGGAUCCCAUUUUCCCAUAAUUGUAUUUUAUGCGUGUGACUUAACCAGCAAUUGUGGCGUGUGUAUUCAACCACAAUUUGCAAUGUGGUAUCUGAAUUACAUUUGAGGCACACGGGAGGCAUAACUUCUUUCUUUUAUGCCAUAAAAACAUAUCGUUGAACUAGGAGAUCGUUGUACUUCCCUUCCAACCAAACUAUUCUACCUCAAGAGAAACACAAUACAGUAGUUAUUUCCAAAGCCUUAGACUGAAAAAGGGUAUUUUGGAUAACAUUUAUUCUACAGCGACGGAAGAGAUACAGAUUUUUUAAAUCCAAAUUAUAAACUGCCUCAAAAGUGAUGAGGUGUACUAAUAUGAUUUCUGGAACUGAGUACUGGCUAGCAGGUCUUUAAUUCUGCUGUGACGAAACCUUUUCCAACUGGAUAUUAAACCUGAUGGUAAUUUUCAGAAGAGACUUUGAAAAUGGGUGCACAGACUGUUAUUUGGGCAAGAAGCUAAUUUUAUACAGUGCUUUGAACCUCUUGCGCUGCAGUGAGUGUUUCGGUGUCUUGUUUGUCAGCUCCUGUAUUGGGACUUGAGUGGAGAAGCAGUGCAAUAUUGUUGAAGUUGUUCUAAAAUUGUUAAAAAGGAGGCUUCUGUUAUGGCAGGGUAACUGGAUUUCAGAUAUGGAGGGAAUGAAAAUCCCAGUUUUAUGCUGAAGUAGGAAAAGUGUGCUUGCAUUUGCUUAUAAAAAGCCUGCUUUUCUUAUAAUUCUGUGUAUUUUCAAGUUUCCUGACCUCUUCAUUAAACAAAACUGAUUUUUAGUA